AUGAGCUUUUCCCAAACAGAGUGUCUCGCGAAAGGACAUGAAGGACGGCAGAAGGACAUCCUUCGAGUGAAUUCCAGGCGGCUGUGUUGCCCCCCGUGUGUUCUUCAAGCGCUCAGCAGGGUAAGCUUGUGCCAUGUGUUCGCUUCGCAAAAGGUAGAGGCUGCAGAAUGCGCAAGUUUCCCACCCAGCGUGGCGUCCUCAAUGUCUGCUGAGAGGCCUUUUGCGGCCUUCGUGGGGGGCAACUGCUCAAAGCUGAUGCGUCAAGUGUGCCAUGGCUGCGUUUGCGAGCGUGGCGAAAGCAAUGCUUGCAAAAGUUGCAACAGCAAAUGCCUGACCGCUUGA